AUGGCUGUCUGUGGGAGCAUUCACCACAUCUUCGAAAACCCAUCACCAGAAAACCCUACCCUGCUCGAAUCCCUCUCUUCAUGGAACCAAAUCAAACCCGUUGAGCAGCCUGCGUUCACUGAAAUCUUCGGCGAGCUUCAUUUCAAAGAAAAUAUAUGUGUUCCCCAGUCUUCUUCUUCCCAUGAAAAUUAUGAGAAGAGUGAAGGGUUUUCAUGGAGCUCGGAGAGUCUUCAGUUAUGCACCGAAGGGCUCGGUUUCGAGAGCUCCGGUGAUGUUGAAGACAUGAAACAGGAAUGGGAAAAUAAAACGAUGACGACCACCAUCAAGCAUUCGAUGGAGAAUCUGUACGGUGAACUGAAGCGGUCAAGGGGAAGUGGCGGCGGCGGAGGAUUUCCACCACCGAUUUCGUGCAUAGGGAAAAGUGGGAAGCCAUGUUUUUGCUUCAAGUCUUACAGGGAAGACGGGAGAUUUGUGCUGGAACAGGUGAGGGUUCCCACCCAGGAAUUCUUGCAUGCUUGUAGGGAAGAUGGGCGUUUGAAGCUGCGAUUUGUGCAGCCAAAUGAUGAUGAAGUUUUGGAAGAUGAAGAAUUUGAGGAAGAAGAUGAAGGAGGAGCAGCGCAAAAGCAAGACUCGUAA